ACAAAACGAGGUAAUUUAAUUCACCCUCGAAAGUGCAGUUUUUUAGGGUUUUAGUAUAUUCACAAGGUCGUGCAGGAGUCACCAUUUCCACCACGCCCAAAAGAAACCCGCUGACGGACUCCACUCACACCCCCGGCACCCAGCAGCACGCCGCUGCUUCUUGUUAUGAAUUUACCGAUUCUCCGCAUUUGAUAGAAGUGAAUCAUACUUGUCUGUUCCGUUUAUGUGGAAUGGUAUUUCCGACGUUCUUCCGCAGUGUAUGUAUCACGGCUUCAUUGUAAGACUAAGUAACAGUCUGUUGCUUGGAUACGAACCACAUUUUGAUUUGCCGUCAGUGAAUGGACUUUGGUGACUUCGUAGAACUUUUAAAGUCUUCCUCGCCCGAAACUUGCACUCGGAGGCAAAACCAUCUUAAAACUAAAUUCUUAGAAACCUGCACUUAACUCUGGGACUGAGUCAAGCGGUUCAGUGACCACAGUUCUAUAGAGGCCAGCCGGAACCAACAUGUCCGGGACUGAGGAUGCAAUUCUCGGAGGCGGUGACGGCCAUGCCCCUGCUGGAGGCACCUCUGUGCUGUGCUUCGGUCAGUGCCAGUACACCGCUGAAGAGUACCAGGCCAUCCAGAGCGCCCUGCGGCAGAGGCUGGGCCCGGAGUACAUCAGUAGCCGCAUGGCUGGGGGAGGCCAGAAGGUGUGUUACAUUGAGGGUCACAAGGUCAUUAACCUGGCCAACGAGAUGUUUGGGUACAACGGCUGGGCACACUCUGUCACGCAGCAGAAUGUGGACUUCGUUGACCUCAACAACGGCAAGUUCUACGUGGGCGUCUGUGCGUUUGUGAGGGUGCAGUUGAAGGACGGCUCCUAUCACGAAGACGUAGGCUAUGGCGUUAGCGAGGGCCUCAAGUCAAAGGCGCUGUCCCUGGAAAAGGCCCGGAAGGAGGCGGUGACGGACGGCCUGAAGCGCGCUCUCAGAAGCUUCGGGAAUGCACUUGGAAACUGCAUUCUGGACAAGGACUACCUGCGGUCGCUGAGCAAGCUGCCGCGCCAGCACGCGGCCCGUGCGCUCAGAGCCUGGCUGCUCCCUUCGCGCGGCGGAGCGCCUCUGCUCCCUCCCUGGCUCCUGACGCCUCUGCCAUGCUGCCGCCCGCGCCGCGCCACCCAGCUUCUUCCUGUGGAGCCCCUCGCAGAGCUGCCUCUUGAAGUGGAUUUGACUAAAGCAAAGAGACAGGACUUUGAACCGUGUGUGGAACAGGCAAGAUACAAUAGCUGUCGGCUGAGCAUAGCUCUGGGACCCCCCAAACCACCGGAGGUGGCCUCCCCCUGCAGACCAAGCCACGCGGGUGACCCCCACAUCAUGCUACAAGGAGACAAGGCCGGCAGCUCCCGAAGCCUGAGCUCGUGCACCGUGGAGAGCGACGCCACUUACCAGCGGAAGCUUCGGCAGAAGCAGCUGCAGCAGCAGUUCCGGGAGCAGAUGGAGAAGCAGCUGCAGGUUCAGACACUUGCUCCAGCUCCGGCAGAAAAGCAGAGUGAGGCAGCCCUUCCGGUCCCUCCUCUGACACACAGUACGCCCAUCGGUGCUGUCGCAGAACCGCUCAGGGAGAAAGUCAUCUUUAAAGAGGAUCCUGAGGACAACCUUGAAAUGUGGGAUCUGACUCCAGACUUAGAGGACAUCGUGAAGCCCUUGUCUAAACCAGAACCACUGCAGACCUCUGCCGCCCCCGUCCUGGAUCACCAGAUCCCGCAGAGCCUUUGCUGCCAGAAGCCCCAAGAAAAAGCUGGAGCCUGGCAACCCCCUGUUUACACCGCUAACCAGCACGUAUCAGGAAACUGUGAAUCUCAUAGGAAGAGCCAGGACGCGAAGAGAAGGAAAGUGGAUCCACCCUAACCUGAGGCUGUGGACUCUUACAAAUGGACUUUGGAAAACUGCUCUUUGGCCAUGAAAUUGUUCGUUUUUGGGGAAUGAAUUUUAUUUCCGAAGGUAUACCUUGUUUCUUUCCGAGCUACGUCAGAGGACCUGUCGGACCUAUUAGAGAGAGAGCCAAGCACCUCACAGACAGCUUGUCAUACACUGUGGUGGGGCGGCCACUGACAGAUGCAACACCUUUCCUUGGGCUCUUGAGGGUUUUCACUGUUUACUCCUAAGCUAUUACCUUAAUAAAGAUAGACAUUUUUAGGAACUGCCUGUGGCUGCCUGCCCUCAGGCAAUGUAUGUGUCCUUAGUCCUGAGCACCAGCUUCAGUAGUUGCCUAGGUGAAAUUGUGGAGCAAUCUCCCUUUGGGCUCCAUGGUCUUAAUGCCGUCCAUGGAAGUACUGUGUAGCCUAAGAACAACGGUAUAGUGUGCUUUUCACUUUGCAGCUUUGUACAAGUCAAGGGUACAACCAUCCGUCUAAUACAGCCGCCCCCCAACCACCUGUGGGCAUAUCUGAAGUGUUACUACUAAGUAAGGUUUACCUGAGCACAAGCACUGCAGUAGUGCAGACCGACCUGCUAACCGGAAAGGCUGCUGAAGGCUGACUGAGGGGCAGACAGCGCGUACCGUGGGGUGCAGCGAGCACGGCGAGACUCCUGACGGGGCGGGACGGCACAGACUUCAGUGGUUGCAGCUUAAGGAUGAACUGUGCACUUCAGGCAAAAACCUUGGAAAGCUAACCGCGAAUAGGGGAGCGUUACAGCUCACUUACGGGUUCAUGACAUUACAAUCUCGCAUUCUUUCAGGGCCACCAUUUUUUCCAAACCAAAGAAAUAAUGGUCUAAGAUGAAGGAAAAGGCAUUUUGAGAAAACAAAUCCUUUACUUGGCAAAAUAAAAAACAGUAGCCAUUUUUA